ACUUUAUAUAAUUUCAGAUUUUUAAUCCUAAUUUUUGUAGUUGUGAAGUCCAGUAGUCUUUUUUUUUUGUUACUUGUCCAAGUAGCACCAAAUAGGACUUUUAUCAAGUGUUCGUAUUGUUCUUAGACAGCUGUAAGAAAGUUAGUUUGGUCCUGACUCAGCGUUUGUAGCAGCAUCCUCGCUGAGUUGCCAAGGCAACUGUGCCAAUCAACUGCAAGUCUGGGAUCAUAUGAACAUAGAAGAAUACAUUGAAGAAGAUGAGGAACCACCUUUGCUGCUCAGCUCUCGUCCUUCUCACGGUGUUUGGCUGUGGUGGGACUGCAGCAGUGCAGUGUCGGUGGGGGGAAGGGUGUGUGUGUCUGCAAUGCCCCGCUGGCCAGGAGCCCUCCAAGGCUUGUGGGCAGAUCCAGAGUCCAACAGAGGAAGUGCAAUGUCAGUUGUGCCCGACUGGAAACUUUUCAGACGCAUUCGACUCUGAGCUUUGCCGCCCACAUGCCUCAUGCAAGACCGUCGGCCGUAAGGUUGCAACCCCUGGCACUGCGACCUCAGAUGCUGUCUGUGGGGACUGUCUGGCUGGAUUUCAGUCCACUGCUACGGCGGAAGUUUCCACCCAAAGUGCGUGCGUGAAACCAUCUUUGCAUGUCAGAGCGGUGCGCACAGUGGGUAAAGGUCCAUCCAGCGGCGCAGGAGGGUCGGUCAACGGCACAGUGGUACGCAGCGCCGAGGAGAAGACGGCAGAGUACGCUGUGUUUGCUUUGGUGCCCGUCUUCUGCGUGAUGGGCCUGUUGGGUAUCCUCAUCUGCAACGUCCUGAAGAAGAAGGGAUACCGCUGCACUGACAAGGAGGGAGGGGAUGAAGAAACUGCCACACCGCAGAAAGAAGGUAACAAUUGCCCCUACAUAUCUGACGACCUGAAUGAAGACACCAUCAGUGUUCUGGUUCGCCUCAUCACUGAGAAGAAAGAAAAUGCUGCUGCACUGGAGGAACUGCUGCUGGAGUACGAGAGUAAACAGAUGUCCAUGAAUAAAAGCUCGUCAAUCAAGUUCCCGAUGCUGUCUCCCCUGUCCCCUUUCCGCUCCCUUCCCAGGCUCUGCCCCCAUCAGUCCCACCUCCACACCAUCUCUGGCCUCUCCGGCCUGGCCCCCAAACACGGCUACCGCUGCACCCGCUGUGCCCAGAGGAAGUGGCCCCCCAUCCUCAUACCUCCCCUGGAUUCCUUCAGAGACCCCCUGAAGGCCCCCCAGACCUUCCUCCUGCCCUCCCUGAACUCAUCCAACGACCAGCAGAAGAGGCCCCUGCUGGGGGGGGUGUUUGUUGACACCCACCAUACGCAAGCUGUUGUGCCAAAUAAUGUACAGGAGAAGAUGGACGGGGGCGAAGUGAAGGAGAGGAAGGAGGGAGAGCUGACAGUGUUGUCUGUGGGGAGGUUUCAAGUUGCUCAAAUCCCCGAGCAGAAGCCUGUCGCCGUGGAAACCAAAACAUCAUCCCAGGAGCAACGAAACUCCCUGUUUGUAGGGAAACCCUUCUGCUCCUCUUCAUCAUGUGGCAUCAAUAGGUGAAGAGACAGAGAGACGGUGUACGAUAACGCUACCUCGCUGAAGAUGACCUCAUCAUUCGCUGACAACUUGACGACAGGGUAGGGGAGGGUGUUUCUACACGACUGACACCAAGAAACCACCAGAACCACCGCCUUGUGCUGGAAGAAGUUGUUUCUAUUCAAACGAUGAGAGGAAUAUUUAUUAUUACGUGAAAAAACAAUAUUGUGCUUUACAGAUGUAUCAGAUCUUCUACAUCGUAGAAGUUCAACUCAAAUCACAGCUGCUUCAUAGUCCCAAUCCAAAGAGAAAGUGGAGAGUAGAGCUUUGUGAUAACAACACCUGACACUAGAGGGAAGGAUGUGAGGGAGAAAACAAAGAAGAGACGUUUCGAUCAUACAAAAAUGUGUUCUUAACCCCUAAAUUUGUGCUUCCAUGUAAA